AUGAGAACCUUCACAGUCACCGGUGGAAGUAGCAUUCACCAUGAACUCAAAUCACAACUUUACAUGACAAAAUCGAUGAGUGAGAUAUCAGCUCCACAAUGGGGCACCACUUCUCGCCUCCUGGGGGGAGCAGCCCGAGUGGUCAAUGCACAAGCUUCCAGAACAUUGUUGAAGAAAUACAUCAUGAAGGACAGGCCGGCCCCUUCUGAAGAUAUGGAUCUACUAUUGAACCAAGAUCCACCUUAUAGUGGGCUAGUUUAUUGUCCGCAAAUGAUCGACCUCCCGCGUGUUCCCCCGAUGCUCGGCCACGCGUAG